AAUAGUGCAUCUCAUCUUUGCCCCAUCUCUCUUUCUCUCUCUAACGCUCACUCACUCUCACUCCACUAUGCCCCAAGCCGUAGCCUUACACUCUUCCCUUUGCUCCAUCUCUUCUGAGAAACCAUCUCCUUUAAGAUCAACCCUUCAUGUGGCACCCAAACCCACAAGCCUCCUCCAAAAUCACCCACUUUACACCCCAACCCAUGCCAAACUCUCCCUUGAAUUCAAAGAGAAAAUUCUCUGCCUUGAGGUGAUGGGUGUUGAUGCAGGCAAAGCACUGUCCCAAAACCCUGAACUCCGCACAGCCACCAUGGAAUCCAUUCACUCCAUCAUCUCCUUCCUCAUGUCCAAAGGCCUUCAAGAAAAGGACCUGCCCAGAAUCAUUGGCAUGUGCCCCAAGAUUCUCACUUCUGACAUCAAAACUGAUCUCAACCCAGUUUUUGAUUUCCUCUUGCAAGAACUCAAAGUCCCUGAACAUAGCUUCAGGAGGGUUGUCAAUAAGUGCCCAAGAUUGCUUACUUCUAGUGUCAAAGACCAGCUUAGGCCAGCUUUCAUUUACCUAAGGAGACUUGGGUUCAAGGAUUUGGGGGCUUUGGCUUAUCAGGAUUCUGUUCUGUUGGUGUCUAAUGUAGAAAACACCCUCAUCCCUAAACUGAAGUUUUUGGAGACUAUAGGACUUUCUAGGGAUGAGGUUAGGAGUAUGGUGUUGAGAUGUCCAGCACUUCUCACUUUCAGCAUAGAAAAUAAUUUUCAGCCAAAGUAUGAGUAUUUGGCUAGGGAAAUGGGGAGAAAAUUGGAGGAGCUGAAAGGGUUUCCUCAGUACUUUGCUUUUAGUUUGGAGAACAGGAUAAAGCCUAGACACACGGAGAUUGUGCAAAAUGGGGUCACUUUACCUUUGUCACUUAUGCUUAAAAGCACUGAUGAAGAAUUUAGGGAGCUGAUAAAGCAGGGGGGUGGAUGACUAUAGUGGGAGCAUUCUAUUGUGUGUAUUUAUUUAUUUAUGUGAAUGUAUAGUUUCUCAAUGGAGUUGUAGUAUUUAUAAAUUGUUUAUAUGCUGUGUAUUUUGGACUUCCUUUGUACAGACUUCUUAUGCGAAAUAACAGAUAAUGUUGGUAAGUUGCUAUUUCAAA